GACAUCCACCACACCUGUCCCCCCUCCGUCGAUCUCGCCAGUUCUGCUCGUUUUACUCGCGCGAUGGCCCUCGCAUGCGAGCCACUUUGCCACUUUGGCGGAAGGCUCUACUUCACGUCCUUUCCUAACCCACCUCCGCGAUCAGAAGUGCUGAACCGCCUUGCGGCUGAGCCGGACUAUGCGCCUCGGAUACGUGGAGCGUCUGCGGGAUCGUCCUCCUCCGUCACGCCCGACGACGAUGCGAAGUACUACUACUUCACGAUCGACGACCAGCUGCUGUAUCUAUCCUUCUUCCAAGACUGGGGUCCACUCAACCUCGCAAUGGUCUAUAAGGCAUGUAUACUUAUCCAUGAACUUCUUCAGGACCAGACGUUAUCCUCACACCGCCUCGUUCUCUACUCCUCCAACGAUCCGCGUAGGAAGGCCAAUGCAGCCUUGCUGAUGGCGCUCUAUGUCAUGAUCGUACAACAACGGCCACCAUGGGAGGCCUUCCAUCCAAUCGCAGAAAUCGACAUCCAGGACUGCCUGUGGGGCAUCUACAAGGCGAUGCAGAAUGGGCUGUGUGACAUGAACGAGUUCGACGUCGAGGAAUACGAGUACUACGAGAAGGUGGAGAACGGCGAUUGGAACUGGCUCACGCCCAACUUCAUCGCGUUCGCGUCGCCCGUGGACCCAGUGUGGAUCAAGAGGGAGAGGGAGAAGGUAGAAGAGGGAAAGGCUGAUGCGUCAGCAUCGCCUCCGAAGCCAACAACGCGAGACCUUGCAUUGCAGCGGAAACUGCCUGCGACAUUCCUCAACUGCUUGGAUUACUUCGAGAAGUCCAACAUCAGGCUGGUGGUACGACUCAACAAUCCGCUCUAUGACCGGCAACAUUUCCUGGACCGGGGCAUUAGCCACCAAGAGCUCUACUUUGACGACGGAACGAACCCAACGGACGAAAUAGUGAGGAAGUUCAUCGACAUGGCGGAUGAAGUAGUCGAAGCCGGGGGUGUGGUCGCCAUUCACUGCAAAGCAGGACUCGGUCGCACCGGGACCCUUGUCGGCGCCUAUCUGAUCUGGAAGUACGGCUUCACCGCGUCUGAGGCCAUCGCGUUCAUGCGGAUAGCGCGACCGGGAUGCGUCGUUGGUCCACAGCAACAGUACAUGUAUCUCAAGCAGCUGGAGUGGUGCAAGUGGUCGGCAUACGACGAGGUCAAGCGGAUUCGCGAUAUGACCGCCGCCGCCGCCACCGCUAUCGUCGCACCCGCAACACCCCCAGCAGAGGACGACCGGAUGGACGUCAGCGAUGGCCCCGUCGUCGCACCGUCUACAACCGGCCCAGUCCCUCCUCCUCGCAAGACUCCGAUCGCGAAGCGAGUCGCAUCCGACUCAGAUGCAGAUGAAGAGGGCGAUGUCCUUCCCGCCCUCGGUGUGGCGCCCGCGCCUAUAAGGCGGAAGUCAAAGCCGGCGAGCGCACGACCAGCAGGCGUGCGCGGGACCGCAUCCGAGCAGCGUCCGACACGCGUGACGCGCUCUGCAGCGGGCACGGCUGUAAUACGGAGGCCAGGUGGAGCGGCGACGGCGCUGACUGUCGCAAAGAGCGUGAAGGCGAACGGGCAAGCUCCAAACAAGAUCCCGCGCCUGGCCAACGGAACGAGCGUGCGCGGGACCAAGGAGGUUGCCAAGGAGGUCGCUGCGGCGUCAUCGACGACGCGCAAGCUGCGGAACCCGCCCUCGCCGAUCCCAUCGCGCCUCCCAACGCUCGUCGCGAAGCGCGCGCACCACAACACGACCUCCGUGAACGAGCUCCCCGCGGCGGCGAUAGCGGCGGCGAAGUCGGCCGUGGUUGCCGCGGGCGCGUGGAUGACGACGAACGCCGCUGCUGUGGUGUCGAAGGAAGGUCGCCCGAAUCUGCGGCCGAUCCGCAGGCGGCGGAGCAGCUUCAGCGCGGCGGACGUCGUUGCGUGA